AGUUCUCUAGGGAUUUAGUUGACAGAUGAGUGUAAAAUGAGAUGGUUAACAUUUUGCUGUUUGAUCUUAUGGAUCGUAUCCUUAUUCGAUUUCAUUGACAAUUCACGCUAUAAACCCAAUUUCGCAUGUUUGGUGAAAAACAAAUACAAACACGAACGCUAUUGCAGGGGUCCACGUCGCAAGUUCUAUGCGUUCCAUCGCAUCAUCAUGAACUGUAUUCCGGUUUUUACCAAGUGCAGCGUUUAUAACAAAUAUAACGAAUGGAAGACAUUGAAGAGUUGUAACCGUGAAUGCGCUUAUCAUAUGAUAAUUCGUAACCGAAAUAAAAAUCCUAACAAUAAUGGAACUGCUAGUAAUAGCACCACACCAGGUGAGGGUGUUAGUAAUGGCGCCGGAUAGCCAAGUACCGAAGCAGCUGCCGGUCGUCUUUUACCUACUACAGGUAAGAGCACGGCCACCACCAUGGCUGCCAAUGGAACUGACAACUCAUCGGCUAAUUCUACAAAAUAAAAAUACAAAUAAAAAUAAAAAGUGUGUAUCGAAAUGCUGAGAAUUCGCAUAAUCAGAUUAAUAUACAUACAUGUGCUUAUAUGCUAUUAUCCA